AGAGUCCGCCAUGUCAAGUCAAACUGCUCCCUCAAAUCCCACCGUUGUUCCCUACCAACACCUCCAAAUCGCCCUCAAUGUCGAUGGCACGAUCACACGCCUCCAAGAAAUCCCGAACACUGCACCCACACCUGAUCCUAGCCACCCCACUCCAGUUCUCUCCAAAGACGUCCCUCUAAACCAAUCAAACAACACCUGGGUCAGAAUAUUCCUACCCAGAGAAGCACUUGAUCAUAACUCCUCCACUAAACUGCCUCUCACAGUUUACUUCCAUGGAGGAGGGUUCAUCCUUUACAGUACAGCCUCAUCAAUUUCCCAUGAUCAUUGUGCCAACAUGGCAAUUGAUCUCCACGUCAUCAUCGUAUCCGUGGAGUACCGCCUCGCCCCAGAGCACCGUCUGCCGGCGGCUUAUGAUGAUGCUAUGGAAGCGUUACAUUGGAUCAAAACCACCCCAAAUGAUUGGAUAAGAGAUUAUGCUGAUUUAUCUAACAUGUUUAUUAUGGGUAGUAGUGCUGGUGGUAACAUAGCCUACCAUGCAGGAUUACGAGCAGCCAUGGAAAUCGAUAAACUUGAGCCUUUGGUGAUCAGAGGGUUGAUAUUGCAUCAACCAGGCUUUGGUGGGUCGCAAAGGACUCAAUCAGAAUUGAUGGACAAUGAUCCAAAUUUGCCACUAAGUGUUUGUGAUCUACUGUGGGAAUUGUCAUUGCCAAUUGCUAACCGCGACCAUGAGUAUUGCAAUCCAAAGGUUGGAGAUGGGCCUCAGCUUCUGGAAAAGAUCAAGUUGCUAGGAUGGAAGGUCUUGGUGGUGGGUUGUGAUGGAGACAUACUGUUUGAACAUCAAAUUGAGCUGGCAAAACUGAUGAGAGAAAAGUGUGUGUCAGUGGUGAGCCAAUUUGGCGAGGGGGGUUAUCAUGGGAUAGAUAUAUUUGAGCCUGCCAAAACUAAGGCACUCCUUAAAAAUUUCAUAUUAUCCUCAUUGGUUGCCUAG